AUGGCCGCGGCGGGCCGCAGGGUCAAGCUCGACCUCUUCCUCGAUCCCUCCCCCGGGGAGGCAUCACAUAAUGAUGGAAUAGGAGGUGAAAACCGUGACCAACAGACUGUGGUUCCCACUUCUCCAUCUUCUUCAGAUAAAAAGGAUAAUCCUCUAGCAUUGCUUGGGCAAUAUAGUGAUGAUGAAGAGGAAGAUGAGGAAGCAGCAGAUAAACCCACUGGUGAAGCUAAGGGGAGUCCAGGAGAUGCUAGUGCUCAGUUAACUAGUGAUAAUGGCGUGACAAGAACUGAACCAUCGGCUUCUGUCGGUGAUCAACAAGAAGCACCUCAAUCUGGUGAUAUUAAGAACUAUACCCAAAGUAUUACUGAAGAAAACACUUUUGCUCCUGAGUCAACUCUACAAGAAGAGAGUGUGAAAGCAACUGAAUCUGUUCCUGAUUCAUCUGGCAUGCAAAUUGUUGGUGACGUCGGUGGAAAUUGGAAAGCAGUAAUGCAUGAGCAGAGUAAUCAGUGUUAUUACUGGAACACAGUUACUGGAGAAACUUCGUGGGACAUACCAAAUGGAUUAACUUCAGGAGUUGCAGCUGCAUCUGUUCCUUCUGAUGUGGACUAUUCAAUAGAAGCACAAACCCAUGUCCUUCCUCACAGCACACUGGAAGCAUAUCCAAGUGACAUGUCUGUUGGGAAUGGCACAGCAACUUAUGCUAAUUUUGGAAUGGCAUGUGGAAGUGCACAGGUUACUCAAGAUGCUUAUGCUUAUGCUGCUCCUAUCGCCAGUCACGAGCCUAUGGACAUUGAUCCUUUGUAUCUUGCAAAAUACGGUGAUGAUUUGCUGCAAAGAUUGAACCUGCUCGAAAGGCUCUGUGGCUCAAACGAUGGUCUUGAAUUGAUAAGAAGAGAAAUCGGGAUACGGAUAUCAGACUGCAAUGCACUCUCAUCAUAUGGAUCUUCUUUGCUCCCAUUGUGGUUGCAUGCUGAGGUGCACCUUAAGCAACUAGACUCUUCCAUUUCCAAGCUGGAAAUGAGCUACCAUGCUGAUACAGAACCUAGGAAUUUGAAGACAGAGGUUGCUGAACACAAGGCACCUGAUGAAGCUGACAUGACAACACCCUCCAAUGGUGAGGCUUUGAAGUCUGAGGUUAGUGCUGGGAUUACUAUCAAUGAAAAAGUGGAGAUUGAUAAGCCAGCUUCAACAUCAUCUGCUCAGAAUUCACAAGAUAGGGAUGUUGCAGCAGUUCCUCCAAAAGUUGAUUCUGACAAUGAUGAAGAUAUGGAUGUGGAAAUGGAAGUUGAUGAAGAUAAUGUCGAAGAGCAGGCACAUUGCAGUCCUCUACCUACAAAGGAGCAUCCUCCAUCAGAACAGUUGAAUUUAUCUAAUUUACCAUCAUCUGAAGAUCCUACACCUUCUGAGGAUAAUUCUGUCCCUCCGCCUCCACCAGAAGAGGAAUGGAUUCCACCUCCACCACCUGAAAAUGAACCAGCUCCUCCAGCUCCCCCAGAAGAGCCAUCUGCAUCAUAUGCUCAGGUUGAUUCAAUUCCUCAGCCAUAUAUAGCUCAAGCAAAUGUUGGCUAUACAAUUUCAGGAAUGGAGUACUAUGGUACUGUCGGUACAGAAGGUACAAAUGCCAGUUACUAUAUGCAAGUUAGUGAGCCUCAUGUCCUUCACGCACAGCAUCAUUCUUAUUAUGCACCAGUAUCUGGGAGUGGCAUAUCUGUUUCUGUUGAUGGCACAUCUAUUUCCCCAGAAUCUUAUUAUACCUAUCCUUCAGUCACUAUGUCUGCCAGCGCAGUAGCAGCAGAACAUUCUGGAUACUACGCUUCAUCAACCUCUGCCAUUUCUAGCAGUGCAGCAGAUAUCAAAACAAGCUCAGCUUCUCUUGUUUCUGCAAAUAGCAAUUCAGAUCUCAAAGGUCUUGAUAAAGUUAUAUCCAAUGAUGCAAGUAUUGUGCCUUUGACCCAAGCUGUAGUAGCAACAUCAGUUGCAGGAACAACAUCUGUUCUUGGAAGUUCUACACAGUCUUCUAGCAGUACUACAAAUCAGUCCAAAGUUAUUCGUAGCAAGAAGCGGGCUGUGGGUAUUACAUCGUCUCUGAGAUCUAAUAAGAAGGUUUCAAGUUUGGUGGAUAAGUGGAAAGCUGCAAAAGAGGAACUUCGCGACGAAGAAGAGGAGCCUGAAAGUGCUCUUGAGGCAUUAGAAAGGAAGCGGCAAAAGGAAAUAGAGGAAUGGCGGAAACAACAGAUUGCUAGCGGAGAGGCUCAGGAAAAUGCCAAUUUUGUUCCUGUUCGUGGUGAUUGGCAUGACCGUGUAAAACGUAGAAGGGCUGAAGCAAAAAGGGAAUCAAAAGAUGACAUUGUUGCUGCAUCUUUAAGUAGUUCCGAACAGCAUAAAGGACCUCCAGAUCUAGCAGAGCUCUCCAAGGGUCUUCCUACAGGCUGGCAGGCAUACUUGGAUGAGUCUACUAAGCAGGUCUAUUAUGGGAACAACCUCACGUUCAUCAAGUGCCUGGCCAGCACAGCAAGUGGUGACAAGUUAGAUGCUGGGCCUUCAUUACUGCGAUGGAGGGGUCCAAGGCAAGAUGCUGCAUGCCCUCUAAAGAAGCGGCCUCAGAAGAAGGGUCUGAGGGCGGUCAUGCCGGCAGGUGACUCCAGCUCGGUCCCAGCCCGGCACGCUGACCUUUACUCGAAGAUGACAUGUGACCUCAACGAGCGCGUCGCGUUGUUCCUGAAUGGCGGCGAGACGUCGCAGUCGCUUACGCCUUGA